GCCUGGCCACUCUUUAUCAGGCCUUGCCUUCUGCCACCGGGAAGCCAGCUGCAGGAGCCAGGACAUAUCCUGCUGAUUGACAUCUCUUUGCCCUUUGUCAUAUAUGGAAAAAAGGAAGGAUGAGUGAACAGUCUUUGAUUGGUGGUACUGAUGACGUCCAUCACGGUCUUCUUUGGAUAGACCCCUUUGGAAAUAAAGCUCGUGAGGCAGCAUCAGGAGGCUUCAGACGGCUAAGCUUGGCUCUGGCACACGGGUGGAAAGAACAGGACCCAGAGGAAGAGAUGGCCUUGGAAGACAGUCCCACCAUGGUUAAAGUAGACCGGGGUGAAAACCAGGUUUCAUCAUGUCGGGGGAGACGCUGUGGCUUCAGAGUGCUUGGCUAUGUCACUGGUGAUAUGAAAGAAUUUGCUAACUGGCUUAAAGACAAGCCCGUGGUGCUCCAGUUUGUGGACUGGAUUCUCCGUGGCAUAUCCCAGGUGGUGUUCGUCAGCAACCCCAUCAGUGGAAUCCUGAUUCUGGUGGGACUUCUGGUCCAGAACCCCUGGUGGGCUCUCUGUGGCUGUGUAGGAACUGUGGUCUCCACUCUGACAGCCCUCUUGCUGAGCCAAGACAGGUCAGCGAUAGCAGCUGGGCUCCACGGUUACAACGCCACCCUCGUGGGAAUCCUCAUGGCUGUCUUCUCAGACAAGGGCAACUAUUUCUGGUGGCUGAUAUUCCCUAUAUUUGUAAUGUCUAUGACUUGCCCACUCUUCUCAAGUGCACUGAACUCCGUGUUCAGCAAAUGGGACCUCCCUGUCUUCACGCUCCCUUUCAACAUGGCGCUGUCGAUGUACCUUUCGGCCACGGGACAUUACAAUGCAUUCUUUCCGAGCAAACUCUUCACACCUGUCACCUCCGUGCCCAAUAUCACAUGGACCGAGCUGAAUGCCCUUGAGUUAUUGAAGUCUCUUCCAGUGGGAGUUGGUCAGAUAUACGGCUGCGAUAACCCAUGGACGGGGGGCAUUUUCCUCUGUGCCAUUCUCCUUUCCUCCCCACUCAUGUGCCUGCAUGCUGCUAUUGGAUCACUGCUGGGUGUCAUCGCAGGACUCAGUCUUGCAGCUCCGUUUGAAGACAUCUAUGCUGGGCUCUGGGGUUUCAACAGUUCUCUGGCCUGCAUUGCAAUUGGAGGGAUGUUCAUGGCACUCACCUGGCAGACCCACCUCCUGGCUCUCGCUUGUGCCCUGUUUACCGCCUACGUCGGAGCCUGUAUGACACACCUGAUGGCUGUGGUCCAUUUACCUGCUGGAACUUGGGCCUUCUGUUUGGCCACGCUACCGUUUCUCUUGCUGACCACGAAAAACCCUGACAUCUACAGGCUACCUCUCAGCAAAGUCACCUACUCUGAAGAGAACCGCAUCUUCUACCUACAAAACAAGAAAAGGGUGGCUGAAAGCCCUCUGUAAAAGGAACCCCACACGAUAGCUGUGGUCAUGAGUCAUUUCCAAGUGCAGCUCCAGAAGGCUUCCAGAUUCUCAGAAACUGCUUUUCACCACGGGAACGACUUUCAGACUAUCAGCGACAAACCCAUGCUUUUGCUUGCCUUGUGUUUUUCUUUUUGACUGUAUAUUGUCAAGCACAUGAGCGCCUUACCCAGGUGAUGUUCUCUGGAAUGGAAUUUAAACCCAUCUGUGUGCUGGGGGGUGGGGUAGCAUGAAGAUUGUAAUGUAUUUAUAAAGUCGACAUGUUCCAAGAGAAAGAAGAAAUGGAAGCAGAAUAAUUAUUAUUUAAAGCUACCUUUGAUGUCAGUAUUAAGCGUUAAGUUCUGUAGCCAUCUAAGCCUUACAGAACUCACAUGCAUGGAAACAAAGCCAACCCAAAAAGUCCUCAGAUAAACAGUUUGCUUUCAGAAUCAGGCCAAGUUACUCACAGCAGCCAUGACCAACAUUGCAGUGGGGUAGCUUGCCGGCAGGGCAGUGGCUUCUGUACUAUAGUAAGUGUGACAUUCUUAAUGAGAAUGAUUAGAUUUUUUUCAAGCUGCCAGAGCUGUGGGGAGGACUUUGUUGGUCAAAAUAGUUUUGAAUUGCUGCUCUUGGCAUUUCAAAACUUUAGGGAGAGUUUAUUUAUUCUUCUUAUGGAAAAAAAUUUUUUUUCACUGAUAUAUUUGUAGCUAGCCAGUUCCUAGAAAUUAAAUAAAAUAUGUAUGUACUUAGCAUAGUUGCUUUUACUUUAAUUAUUAUAUUAGCUUUUAGUUUGGGGGGGGUAUUUGACAUAGGGUCUUGCUAUGUAGCCCAGGCUAGUCUAGAAGUCAGCAUCCCUCUGUUUCCAUUCCCUGAGCACUGGGACUAUGUGUUAGUUUUUUAAGUGUUUCAGAUACAUGGUAACGUCAUUAACCUCAGGGGCCUUUUACAGUCACAUUUUUAAUGAAUCUGAGGACAUCUAGGCACUGGCUGUUCGGUCACACACAGACUUCCAGAGUUCUUUAAUUUUCUGCGCACUGUGCUCUGCUUGGGAAACCAGCGGUACUGGAACCACCUGAAAGAAAUACAGGGAGGGGACUCUCCAGGUUUUCUCUUUAGAUUUUUUUAAUUUAAAAGUUGUAGCUUCUGUAAAAAUCCUAUGACCAAUCACGCCAAAGAGGACAACAGAAAGUUCCACUUGCUGCCUGCCGUCUGCCCAAUGAAAUUUAUUGUUUGCAGCUUGGGAAAGUGAAAACUUAAAUCCUAAAGAUUUUUUUUCCUGUUGAGUAUGUUGUUCAUGCCCGAAAUCCUAGCACUCAGGCAACUGAGGCAGAAGAACCACAAGUUUAAGGGCAGUGUGGGCUACACUGAAUGGCCCUAUCUCAAAAAACAAACAACAACAACAACAACAACAAAGAAACUCUUUCCCCUCUCCCCCUUCAAGAGUCAGUGUUAUCAGGGCAGCAGUGGGGUAUGCUUUUAACUAGAGGCAGCUGAAUCUGAGUUUGAGGCCAGCCUGGUCUACAGAGCUAGUUCCAAGACAGCCAAGGCUACAUGGAGACACCCUGUCUGGAGAAACAAAAGCAAAAACAUAGUAAGUGCUGAGAAGACAAUACAGAUUGCUGAAGGGCUGAAGUCAGGCAGUAGGAAAGCCUGGGCAAACACCUUAGGGAGCUGGUCACCCUCCGUCUCCUCAGGAUAACAAACCCUGAGAACUGGGACCGUUUUUACAUCCUGUGACCAAAGCCCUUUGAAGCCAUGGAUCUGCAACUGUCACUGGUUCCUGGGUCAUCCUAUGGAAAAUCUGAAUUUCCAGAGUUUGAACUGAAAUUUUCCUGUUUGGAAUUUGUGAAGUGGGGACUGAGAACAGCAAGAAGAGAAGGGUAAGCAGAGAACCCCCCAGAAGUGAAGAAGCUGGAACCUAGCUGAGCAGACUGAAGCGCUCUCCCCUCUGCCCCUGAGCCCACCUCAGAAACAGAGCUCUAACUCAUCUAAGCCCACUCCGUCUCAAACCUUCAAAUGGGAACAAGCUUAAAGCCUUCUAUAUUAUUUUAUUUAUAUAAUAUUAAUGUCUUUAAGGUAUUUUUGUUAUUAAGUAUUAUCCUAAAGUUAAAUGAAAACUCUUAGGGCUCCCUUUGUACCUUUUUUGCUACUGUCUGUGUAACAGAUUCCUGUGUAAAUAUAUGAAUAAAUUAUAUUCACGGCUCA